AUGAUGGCUUUGAGUGUUCGGACGGAGAGCUUCCGUGGGAGGGGCGAGAACACACGGAAUCAAGGGGCCGGCGAUGCUGAGCAAAGUCGACCGUCGUCAAGCGGCGGCCGCUUGGAACAACAUCUCGGCGCCGUCGAGUCUGUCGAUAUGCCGCCGGCGGCGGCGGCGUUGGUUCCGUCGGUUCCGGUCGCAUCCCGGACAUUGGGUUUCCCCACCGGGCCCCGACCGACGGCCGUAGCAGUCACCCCGGCCAGAAUAAACGCGGACGCUAGAGGUGAAAGAGACGUCCGAGGUGGCGGAAGAGCGGGAGGCAGAGACAACGGGGCAGCGCCGACGGAACACACACGAGCAUUCAAGGGAGGCAGUAGCGGCGGUGCGAGUUUCGGCUCGCCCGGGAGUCGGGUAGUGGUUGACGAACAGCACCACCUUCCUACCAAGAGAACAUCGGACGCGAGGCAGCAGGUCGUCGGCGGUCGAAGGGCACGUGAUCGUAAGGGCGGCGGAAGACGGAGAUCGGUCGCAGAAGUUGGGCAAACGGUAGGCGCAGAAGGCAACAGCGGCAGUCUUGCUAGAGGGGGUGGGGUGGUUCGUGGAAACGCGGACGGUGUUAAAGAGCGACCACGACGAGUGUCGUCGCAGCUCUCUUUUGGCUCGUCUGUCACCGAGGGCGGCGGCGGCGGCGGCGGCGCGGCGGGGGGAGGCCAUCGUAGAGGAGGCCAACGUGGAGGGGAGGUCGGGGAAAACGCGAGGCGAGCUAGGUUGGGAACGCAGGACACCAAGUUUCGCAUGCAGGCGGGACAGAGCAACACUCUGGUGGCAGUGAGGCUGAGGCCGCUGCUGAAGCACGACCGAGAACACGUAGAAGUGGCCAAGGUGCUGGAUCACAGGGUGGUGGUCCUGAUGGACCCUGCAAAGGUCAACCAAGAAGUUGACCCCCUCCGGGUAAACCGCACCAGAGAGAAAAGGUUCGUGGUUGGUGCACUUCUUCCGUUGUGCCAAGCUCAUCUUUUACGGUAA